AGCGGUAGCGACUUUAAGUUAAAACUAGGAAGAAGUGGAGAGAUAUUGAGAGCAGCGCGACGCCAUAGCCACAAGCAAUUCUAUCUAUAUUUUGGCAGCUACAUUUUCAUACAGAACUGAUGUCGUCUUCCCUUUCUUCCUCGCAUGCUUGUGAAAAUAUCUCAAAUUUGUGACUUCAUGCAUGGCUGCGGUGAUGCUGAGUUCUUCUAGCUUGUGUUGCUGUAACUGUAGCCAUGUAUCUCUGACCAACGAUAACAGCAGACCAUGCCUGUCCAGUUAUAGUGGUGCGACGGCGAACAGAAGAAAGAUUAAUUCUUUUGGGGUUUUGAGAUAUGGGUCAGUGCUAUAUUGGAAGAAAAUCAAGAAAAAGAAUGCUAGCUUUUGUGGGCAUGUGAUGGAUAAUGGAAAUGAAGCUUCGAUGAAAGACAUGUCCUCUGAGGAAAUCAUGGCGCGUUUGAAGUCGAUUCCUGAUUUAGACCUAGCUUUUGAUUUCUUCAACUCGAUCGCGGGUAUGCCACAUGUAAUGCAUACUACAGAGACUUGCAACUAUAUGCUUGGGCAGUUGAGGGUGCAUGAGAGGAUAGAGUGUAUGGUUGUGGUGUUUGAUAUGAUGCAAAAACAGAUAAUCUAUAGAAGUUUAGAUACUUACCUCAUCAUAUUUAGGAGUCUAGGUGUAAGGGGAGGCAUUCGACAUGCGCCAUUUGCGCUUGAACGAAUGAGGGAGUGUGGGUUUAAGUUGAAUGCAUAUUCAUAUAAUGGAUUGAUACACUUGCUUAUCCAGGCAGGGUUUUCUAGGGAGGCUUUGAUGGUUUAUAGUAGAAUGAUCUCGGAAGAGUUGAAGCCUAGUCUGAAGACUUACUCUGCUUUAAUGGUAGCUAGUGGGAAGCAAAGAGAUACUGAAACAGUGAUGGGCUUGCUAGAAGAUAUGGAAAAGUUGGGAUUGAGGCCGAACGUUUAUACAUUCACCAUCUGUAUCAGAGCGCUUGGGCGAGCAGGAAAGAUCAAUGAGGCUUAUGACAUAUUGAAGAGGAUGGAGGUGGAGGGAUGUGCACCAGAUGUAGUCACUUACACUGUUCUUAUUGAUGCUCUUUGCAAUGCAGGAAAACUUGAUUGUGCCAAAGAUGUGUUCAAGAAGAUGAAAGGUAGCAGCCAGAAACCCGAUCGUGUGACUUACAUUACUAUGUUAGACAAGUUUGGAGACUCUGGAGAUUUGGACUCAGUAAGAGAGCUUUGGACUCUAAUGGAGGUUGAUGGUCAUAAAGCAGAUGUUGUUACUUUCACAAUACUUAUUAAUGCUUUAUGCAAAGUAGGAAGAGUUGACAAAGCAUUUGCAGUAUUAGAUGAAAUGAAGGAGAAAAGGAUCUUGCCGAAUCUGCAUACUUACAAUACUCUUAUUUGCGGGCUUUUGAGGCUACAAAGAUUGGAUGAAGCAUUGGAACUAUGUCAUAACAUGGAAUGUCGUGGCAUGAAGCCAGAUGCAUAUACAUACAUCUUGUUCAUUGACUGCUAUGGAAAAUUAGGAGAGACUGACAAAGCUAUUGAAGCUUUUGAGAAGAUGAAAGCUCGUGGUAUUGCCCCAAAUGUCGUUGCCUGCAAUGCAUCUUUGUAUAGUCUUGCUGAGUCCGGUCGGCUUAGAGAGGCAAAGAAGAUCUUUGAUGGAGUAAAGCGGAGUGGGCUCAUCCCUGACUCUAUUACCUAUAACAUGAUGAUGAAGUGCUACAGUGCUGCAGGGAAAGUUGACGAAGCCAUUCAAUUACUAACUGAAAUGAUUGAUAAUGGUUGCACUUUAGAUGUGAUUGUAUUGAACUCUUUGAUUGACACUCUUUACAAGGCUGGUCGAUCAAAUGAGGCUUGGGACAUGUUUUGCAAAAUGAAAGAAUUGAAACUUGUUCCCACAGUCGUGACUUACAACACACUAUUGGCUGGACUGAGGAAAGAGGGCAAAGUUCAAGAGAGCUACAAAUUAGUUGAAAGCAUGAAAGCUUAUGGUUGCCCUCCAAAUACGAUAACUUUCAAUACGCUUCUGGAUUGCCUCUGUAAACAUGAUGAGGUUGAUUUGGCCUUGAAGAUGCUUUAUGGAAUGACAGAAGCGGAUUGUCUCCCCGACCUUUUCACUUAUAACACAGUUAUCUAUGGAUUAGUGAAGGACGGUAGGAUUACAGAAGCUUUUUGGCUCUUCCAUCAGAUGAGAAAAAAGCUACAUCCUGACUGCAUAACUAUGUAUACCCUUCUCCCUGGAGUUGUGAAAUCUGGUUCGGUCGGGAAUGCUUUCAAAGUUGUUAAGGAGUUUGUCUACCAGGAUAGAGUUUUGCUUGAUAGAUCUUUCUGGAAUGAUCUCAUGGCUGGAACUCUGAAGGAAGCAGAUCUGAAUCAUGCUAUUUCCUUUGCAGAGAAAUUAGUAUCUGCUGGUCUUUGCAAAAAUGGCUUAAUAAUGGAGCCUAUUGUUAAGCUUCUGUGCAAGCAAAAGAAAUCCCUGGAUGCGCACAAACUAUUUCAGAAGUUCACCAAAUCUAUUGGACUUCGGCCAACUGUAGCAACAUAUUACUAUUUGAUUGAAGGACUUCUCGAUAUUCAUCUUAAGGAACUUGCAUGGGAUACUUACAGAGAUAUGAAGAGUGCUGGCUGUGCUGCAGAUGUCCCAACCUACAACUUGUUGCUCGAUGAUCUUGGGAAAUCUGGGAAGGUAAAUGAACUUUUUGAGCUUUACAAUGAGAUGCUUCAUCGAGGUUGUAAGCCUGACACAAUUACUCGCAACGUGCUCAUUUCUGGUCUUGUAAAGUCAAACAAAGUAGAGGAAGCUUUAGAUCUGUUCUACGAUCUUUUAAGUGGAGGCUUUUCUCCUACUCCAUGUACGUAUGGUCCUCUUAUAGAUGGUCUUAUGAAGCUCAGAAGACUAGUUGAGGCAAAGAAUUUGUUUGAGGAGAUGAUCGAAUAUGAAUGCAAACCUAACUGUGCCAUCUAUAAUAUCCUUAUAAAUGGAUUUGGAAAAGCAGGUGAGGUUGAUAUUGCUCGAGACUUGUUCAAUAGAAUGGUGGAGGAGGGGAUCAGACCAGAUUUGAAGUCGUAUAGCAUCCUAGUUGAUUGCUUUUGCUUGCUGGGUAGGGUGGAUGAUGCAAUGUACUACUUUGAGGAAAUAAAGGCUGCUGGACUUGAUCCCGAUUUGAUUUGUUACAAUAUCAUCAUCAAUGGACUCGGUAAAGGAAGAAAAUUCACAGAAGCUCUUGAUCUUCUUGAUGAGAUGAGAAGUAGAGGGAUGACGCCUAACCUUUAUACUUUCAAUUCCCUAAUAUUUAAUCUUGGAAUUGCUGGAAUGACAGAGGAAGCAGGAAGCAUGUUCAAGGAGCUCCAGCUUCUGGGUCUCAAACCCGAUGUUUUUACAUAUAAUGCUCUUAUUCGAGCAUAUAGUAUGUCGGGUAACCUGGAUGAUGCAUAUGCAGUAUACGAGGAGAUGAUGGUAGGAGGUUGCGCUCCUAAUUCUGGGACUUUUGCUCAACUUCCAAAUUGACUUUGUCCUCCUCAGCUCUUUGGCCAAACUAAUUUUCGUUAUAUACAAAAGAAAUACAGGGAGAGCUGGCGUUUGCUUUCGACUCUUGAACUGUGUUGUAAACUUGAUGCUGUUUGAGAGCAUUGCAGAAGUGAGUGAUCUCUUUGUAAAUAUGUGAUCAGGUAAUUUCAGCAUCUCUUGCAUACAGAGGUGCUAUAGUGUUGUAAAACUACUGUCUGUGUCACAUGUUGUAUAGAUUUUUUACUAUAUAUCUGUAAAGUAUAGAAGCUCUACUGCUAGGCUGAUCAUGCAAAUCUUGAGAUAUUAUUUCUCUUCUCAAUAUUAAUUAAGAUUAUAAAAGAGAUGUUUCCAUCCAA